AUGAGCGGGACGGGGGCGGCUCGUCCGGCCAAGCCGGGGCCCGCCGGCGGCGGCGGUGGCGGUGGCGGCGCCGGCGCGGCGGGGAUGGAGCGGCUGCUGGCGCUGUACAGCCGCGUGCCGGGGCUCCGCGCCCUCCGCGCCGACCGCAUCCUCAUCAUCGAGGCCGAGCCCCCGAGCCCCGCGCCCCCCGGGGCCCUCCGCGCCCACGAGGUGCUGGUCUUCCGCGGGGACCCGGGCCCCGAGCCGGAGCCCCAGCCGGAGCCCGCCGGCCGCGUCAGCCGCCUGCGCCGCCGCUUCGAGCGGGGACCCGACGCGCCCCCGCCUCCGGGCCCGCGCGCCCCCGUGCCAAGGGCCCCCGCCGCGCGCGGCCCCGGCCCCGGCCCCGCCCCGCGCGCCCCCGCCCCGCGCGCCCCCUCCCCGCGCGGCCCCUUCCUCCUGAAGACGGGCACCAACUCCUUCACCGUCCACCCCCGCGGCCGCCGGACCGCCGGCCCCGGCCCCGGCCCCGACGGGCUGCGACCCGUCACCUUGACCCCACCCCGACCCCCCUGGGACCCCCUGACCCGCCCCCAAUCUCCGCCUGACCCCCUGACCCGACCCCCCUCUGACCCCCUGACUCGCCCCCGACCCCCGUCAGACCCCCUGACCCGCCGCCAACCCCCCAAUGACCCCCUGACCCGCCUCCAACCCCCCAAUGACCCCGUGACCCGCCCCCGACCUCCGCCUGACCUCCUGACUCGCCCCCAACCCCCAUCAGACCCCCUGACCCGCCCCCAAUCUCUUGACCCCCUGACCCGCCCCCGACCUCUGUCUGAUCCUCUGACCCGCUCCCAACCCCCCUCUGACCCCCUGACCCACCUCCAACCCCCCAGCCCGGCCUCGGAGCCGCCCAGCCGCCAAAGGCCUCCCCCGAGCACGUGCCUCCGGGGACCGGCGCCCGCUCGACGCCCGAGCCGGGGCCCACCCGCCGGGGAGACCCCCCGGGCCCCGGGGCCGCCGCCGCCCCGGCCACGGUGUCGCCCGGCCUGCCCGUCACCGUCAUCGACGAGGUGGACCUCGACGGCGCCGAGGCCCCGGCCUACCGGCCGCACCCCCCCCCGUGCCCCGAGCCGGACCCGCCUCCUCUACCGGGGGGCCAACACCUUCACCGUGGUGCCCGCGAGGACCACCCCGGGCCCUGCCCCGCCGGGCGGGGAGGACGGCGAGGCCGAGGCCCGGGCGGGAGGGCACCGCAAAGGGGAGACCCUCGACGCCUCUCAGGGAGCCCCCCAAAAGCGCUACCCCGCCGUCCACGAGAUCGAGGUGAUCGGCGGCUACCUGUCCCUGAAGAAGUCCUGCCUCAGCAAGGCCCCGUCCUCCGGGAAAAAGAUGAAGAUUUCUUUCAACGAGAAGAGCCUGCAGACCACGUUCGAGUACCCCUCCGAGAACUCGCUGGGCCGGGAUGCCAACGGGGGGGAGGCCUCCGGCUCCGACGAGGAAGACGACGAGGACGAAGAGGACGAGGAGGAGGAGGAAGAGGAGGAGAAGAGAUUUACCCUGAUCCUCCCUCGGGCGACUUUUGCAAACAGCUCUGUCUUGGACGGCGGCGGCGCUUGCCACCCCCCCGAAUUAAACUCAGGUUUGUCCAGUUACACCCCAAAGCACUCAGGGAAGUUUGACAAGUGGCAAUUGCGGACGUUCGAAGAGAGUCUCGCGGAGACGAGGGAGGAAUCCUCAGCAGAGCUCCCCGAGAAGGAAGUGAUGCUCACCCCAGCCAGCACAAAUGACCUCUCGGACUUCCGCAGCGAGCCGGCCCUCUACUUCUGAUCUCCGGGAGGAGGAGAGGGAGGGGAACCGCGGCGGGCGGGCAAGACGCCCACCCCGCACAGCCCCUCCAGCCCUCCUCAGGGCCCGACCGUCGCCAUUCGGGCGAGGAGGAAGAGGUGGGCCGCUGCUCGUUGGUCUAGACGUUGGGCCCACUGCUCGGGCCGCCAGGACGGUGCCUUUGGGCGGGCCCAGUCAUCCCAGACGGGCCUUUCCCCACGUCCAUCGCGGUCACCCAGACGUCCGCCCGAAACGGCUCCCGUCGGAGGGAGCCGGCCGAGUUUCCUCUCCGGCUCCAAGCCUGCCGUGCCUUCAUUCCCAGAGUCCGGGCUGACCGCGGGCCCCCGGGGGGCCGGAGCGAGACCCGUCCGGAGGCCGAGACGGGAGGAGGCCGCGUCCCCGCCGCCUCCGGCCUCCUCCCGGCGGUCCAGGCGGGAAGUCCCGCUGUGUUUGGCCGGGGUCGGGGGGCCCUGCCCUCUCCCUUCCCCUACCGUGGAGUUGCCAGCCCGGGAGGGAGUACCCUCGCCCCAUUCCCACUUCCCGGGGCCACGGACGGGGACCCCCGAUCCCGGCUUCUGUGUCAAAUGGCCCUCUCUGGGGACGGACGUUCCCGACCCCCCCCCAGCCCCAGGCGGGGUCCCCCGAGCUCUGAGGGGGCCGCCGGUCUCCGCCUCACCGCCAGGACCCGCUCCGGGGAUCUGGCUCUGGAUCCGGGAAUGAUUGGGAAAGAGAAAAGGGGGCUGGGAUGCGGGGAGGGCCCGCGGAUCGGUGAUGCUUCUGGGGCUUUGACCAGCACUGUUGAUUUUUGUAAUUCUUUUCACAAUGCUCUUUUCACCGUCUGUCGACGGGACCCAAUAAAUAGCACAAGACGUAUUCCGGCA